UGGGCUUUGGGCUUCGUGGGUUGUGGCGCUAGGGCAAAAAAACCUUGGGGUUUGUUCGUUUGGGCUUUCGGACGGAAGAGCGGCGGCGGCGGCGGAGAACCAUGGUGCGGCUGACGCUGGAGCAGACGGCGAGGGAGGCGGCGCCGGCCGGCUGCCUCGCCACGUUCCUCGACCUCUCCCACCGCUCCUUCACCGACGUGUCGUGCCUGGGGAGCUUCAAGAACCUGGAGCGCCUCGACCUCGGCCACAACUGCCUCGUCACGCUCGAGGGUUUGUCCGCGUGCACCAAUCUCAAGUGGCUCUCGGUUAUAGAAAACAAGCUUGUGAGCCUGAAAGGUGCCGAAGUCCUCUCGAAGCUACAGGUACUGAAUUGUGGCAAAAAUAAAUUGACAAGAAUCGAUGAGGUCAAAUCUAUGACAAGCCUGGGAGCGUUGAUUCUCAACGACAACAACAUUACUUCCAUCUGCAAGCUUGAUCCCCAUCAUCAGUUGAACACUCUCGUUCUCUCUAAGAAUCCAGUUAUUACUUUUGGUGAUGCUUUGGUCAAUGCAAAGUCUAUCAAAAAGAUAUCCAUGUCUCACUGUGAAAUAGAAAGCAUUGGAUCUUCUCUUGCUGCAUGUGUGGAAUUGAAGGAACUUAGGCUUGCUCACAAUAAGAUCACUACAAUUCCAUCAGACUUGGCCAAAAAUACCAAAAUCUUGAACCUUGACUUGGGAAAUAACUUAAUUGAGAGGGAGUCAGAUUUGAAGGUCCUUUCUGAACUGCGCUACUUGAGGAACCUAAAUUUGCAGGGAAAUCCUAUUGCUGAGAAAGGCACCCUAGCUAAAAAGGUCAUGAAAAUUGUGCCGAACUUGCGCAUUUUCAAUGCAAAGCCCAUAGAAGCCUUUUCCCAGAAUGAGAACUCUGGGAAAGGGAGUAAGCUGAAGAAGGAUGAAGAGAUGCCUGAUCGUGAUCCCAUCGAUUCUAGUACGAAAAAGAAGGAGAAAAGGAAACGGUCAAAGCAACAAGUGCAGAGCCCUGAAGAACCUGCUGCCAAAGACACUCCUCCAGCUGCUGCCAUUGCCGCCCCAGUUAAAUCCGCAUUGACGGAUAGUAAGAAAAAGAAAAAGGAGAAGGUAGCCACGGAGCAGGACAAGAGCAGCAGACCGAAAAGCAAGGAUGACAAAGCUUCUUUCGAUGAUACCGAAGGAAAGGCCAAGAAGGAAAAGAAGAAAUCUGUCAACAAAGGAGAUAAAGAUGCGGGAGGAAUCGAUGACACCGAAGUGUCGUUUGCAGAGUUGAUGUUUUCUGGAGAUGGCAGCGUUCCAGAGCCGGUAUCGAAGGACAAGACCCAGGCAACUGCCGUGGAUGGAAAAUUUGUUGGAGGCCUGGUGAUUGAUCACACCAAGAAGAGGAAGAAGGCGAAGGGCACCCCUAUCGACGCGUCGGAUCUUAAGCAGUUGUGCUCUGCGCCUGAGGUGGGUGCGGGUGGACUGUCGGGAUGGGAUUAGUGGUGCCUAGUGGGCUUGACAGACGAUGUGUAUGCCCAGUGAGUAGUGUUAGUAAACUCCUGUUCUAGGAUCUCUGUUGCGAUGAGAGCCUUUGUGUAGGCAGCAUCUGAAUUUCUUUCGACGGUUCUUUUGCACCUGAAAUAUGUAACCUGACUUUAAAAUGUUUGUUUGAAUUUUGUGAAACUUGAGACGAUGAUAACUGGAUUCCAUGGUUGGCCGCUCAUAAUUUUAUGAAACUUGAUAUGAUGAAAAAAGAUCGCUAGUUAUAGAAUUUUGUUGACAUAGUUCUUAAACUUUUUUAGUUGUGUGAACCUUUCUACAGAGAUUAGCGAAACGUUGCUCAGCAUUAACAUAUACAGAGAUUAACUGGAGUAGUUAGCAAGGCUGCAAACUACAGUGACAGCAUUGCUCAGCAACAAAAUUCUUAUUUGAGGCAGUAAGAGUCACCAUUGAUAUACAUACCAUCGUCAUGAAACUCGUAGCACACGUACUGAACAUUGAACAUGGCAACGAGACCACAUAGAUUGGCAGGGCAAAAUUUCCAUACAAGCUUCAAGAAAAUAGUUUUCCUGUCUACCCGAGACAUAUCAUCAGCAUGCGCUGUUUGAACUAAGCCAAUACAAAACUAACCUCGUUCACGCACAAGUAAAACAAAGAAAAUUUCCGAGCACAACGCCAAG